AUGAAUGAGGACCCUGAAGAGCAUCAAAGAGGGACGACGAUGAGAUCAAGAAUAUGCCGUAGAAUUCUCAACAAGCGCGGAAAACACUUGACAAGGGGGCAGAAGACAAACGCUUUGAACAACGGCCUCGCAUCCCUGCAACUUUCCCGCUUCCGCAUCGUCGACAAGUGCUGCCCAAUACCACGCUUGAAUUGCUUGCUUCGUACACAACUUGAUGGCGAGAAUCAAGAGGCGAGAGAUCGAUUGAACGACGUUCGAAUGGAUUCAGGGCUAUCCCGACACGCCACACUACCUACCAGAACCCGAUCACCUCUUCAUGCUGCCCCUGAUGCCGACAUGCGGACGAAGUGGAACACCCUUACCAAAGACCCAUGGUGCUCAACACCUCACCCCCAAGACUCCUUUCUCGAGGACAUCCACACGCGGCCGAUGCGAGCAGUGAAAAGCACGAUUGCAAAGCAUCCAGAAGUGACUGCAACCUCGCCUCUCGAGUUCGCUGGCUCGCAGAAUGUGGCGUUCAGGACGGUGAGUCCUCGAUCAAGACGAGAAAGAAGAAGGAGCACAUACAGUCUGAACGCAUUUGACGUUGAGCGUCUUCCUUGCCCUUCACCGCAGAUGGAUACAAAUGAGACCUCGAAGGUGGAAAAGACGCUCAUAUCUCCCGACUGCUCGUCAUCUGCAGGUGAUCAACCCUACACUGUCACUUCAAGCCAUUGGAUGCCAGAGUUCCUACUGGAUCAGCACAAGAAGCGUGUCAGAUGGAGUACGAGGAGCUGGGUCGAGGCAGGACAUCAGAAGCGGCUUAACCAGAGAGCAUGCCUUUGCCGAAGCAUCGGUUGCAAAAAGCAGUAUGCUCUUCUUCAGCGAGGAAUGGUUUUGCCGCCUCCGCCUGCACAUCUGGAACUCGAGCGUAAAGACACGCGAGUGCGAAUGUCAUUCUGGGUCCAGCGUAUCCGUCUCCGGCCAAGGCAGCAAAAGCUGGCUCUCCAUGUCUCGAUUGAGAUUUUGCUCACUUCGGGCUUGAUGAAAAGUACUCAUGCGCAGAACGGCCCGCAUCGGAAUAGAGCCUUCUCUAUAAGCACAUCCAGGAACAGGGAGCAGAAAUUGGAGUCAGAUACCGUCGGUCCUGGAGCAGGUGAUUACUGGACACCUCCCGUCGCUCGGAAGACUCUGAUCGUAAGCAAGUCUAUUACCUCUCCCUGCCAUGGAAAGGGGAAAGCGAAGAGACUAGGGAUAGAGUCCCAAUCCGAGCUUGAAACAUCAUCGCUAUUCCUCGGCAAGACCGCAGCAGAUAGCGGACAGGGCGUGGACUGCGAGGUUAAAGGUGUGCUGUGUGAUGGCUGCACGGUAUCUCUCUCUCCUAUAGUACUCCAAUUCUCAACGGGUAGCGUGUACAGAAAUGCUGCAACACCAUCCUUCCCAGUGGAAGUCAUAGCAUUUGCUAUACAUGAUCUGGAUGGCUUCGUCCCGAGCAUACAAUGGAAGCAGAUGGAAUCGAUCGAAUAUUACGAAGAGGCUUGA